UUUCAGAAAUCAAUUUUUUGUUAUCAAUGCUCAAACUCUGAAUGUUGUUCUGCUGUUUUUGUUGUUUCAGAAAUCAAUUUUUUGUGAUUAAUGCUCAUACUCUGAAUGUUGUUCUGUUUUGUUUUAAGGCUGUGUUUAGAAGAGGUGAUUGAUUUCUGAGUGUUGUUUUGUUUUUGUUUUAAAGCUGUGUGUUGUGUUCAAUUUUCAUUUUGUAGGAAAUUCUGAGGUAUAUAAGAAUUAAGAAGGAAGACUAUUUUAACGGUAUUAUUCUAUUGAUUCUGGUAUGCUACAAGCUUGAACAUAGAAUUAAAGAGAGAAACCCUUUAUUAUUUUAUCAUUGGCCUAUUUUUGGCAUUGCAUAUCAUUGUAGUUUGUUUAUUCAUAGAACCAGUUGUUUAUGAUCCUCUUUUGAAGUAAAAAAAUGCAGUAGAAGAGUGUUUAGAACCAGUUGCUUUAUUCAUUGAAUUUUUAUAGAAUUAGGUGUUUGUUUUUCCGGUUGAACUAUGGUUGAACCGGUUGAAUCAAUGAACUAAUGAACCAGUAACUAGAACGGUUCGAUGACCGGUCCGGUUUUCUGAACCUUGGAACAGAGUAACUACAUCCCUCCGUGAGCAGUCACACUCUCAACCCAAUCUCUCAUUCUGAGUCUCCCUUCCAUCACUGCAGCCGCCUGCCCUCACGGCCUCGCCUCUGUUUCGUCUUCUGCCUCAUCUCGUGCUUCCUUAUUCCGGUCGCCGUCCUCUGCUUCGCCGUCUCUGUGAUCGGGUUGCCCGUCUGCCUCUGCUCCUCCUGAAUCUGCCCGCUGCUCGUGCUCGGGUUAAUCUGUUCGCAGCAACGCAUUCCACAAUUCUGAGGGGGAAUUUUUUAGGGUUUUGGGAGCCAUGAACAACGUUGGCGAUCUCCACAAGGUUUGGGAAAUCAACGCUCUGAAGAGGAAGCCGUUGCAAGAAGAAGCCACCAAGAUGUUGGAGAAGAUCGCGAAACAGGUCCAGCCCAUUAUGCGCAAGCACAAAUGGAGGGUCAAGGUUCUCUCUGAAUUCUGUCCAAACAAUCCGCGACUUUUGGGGUUGAAUGUUGGAGCUGGUAUACAUGUGAAGUUGCGAUUGCGCAGACCGAACAGGGAUUUGGACUUCUACCCAUUUGAUCAAGUUUUGGAUACGAUGCUUCAUGAGCUUUGCCAUAAUGCCCAUGGUCCUCAUAAUGCCAACUUCUACAAGCUUUGGGAUGAACUUAGAAAGGAAUGUGAAGAGCUGAUGUCCAACGGAGUAACUGGCUCGGGAGAGGGGUUUGACCUUCCAGGAAGGCGCUUAGGUGGUCAUUCCCGGCAGCCACCCCUUUCAUCACUCCGUAAAACAGCACUUGCAGCUGCAGAAAAGAGAUCGCGAUUGGGAUCACUCCUUCCCUCUGGACCUAACCGUCUUGGGGGUGAUAGUGUUAUAAUGAAGGCACUUACUCCAGUGCAAGCGGCUGCAAUGGCUGCAGAAAGGAGAUUACAGGAUGACAUUUGGUGUGGUUCUCAAACCUGUGAAGCUUCAGAUCAUGAAGAUUUUAACUUUGAACCUGCUGCGAAUAUUGAGCGCAAGGGUAAAAAUGUGGGUAGCUCAAGACUUCGAGACAAUUCUUCUCUACCUUUGGAUCUGAAAUCUCAGAAAAGGAGUCGUGUCAUGGAUUCAAGUUUACUGGAUUGCUCGUCUAGUACCCCUAAAUAUGUUGAUUUGACUACGGAUGCACCACAGAUUGGAUCUAUCAUUGAACAAUGCACUGUGACUCAAGGAAGGGGUGUUGGUGGAUUAGAAAGCAUUUCACAUUCUGAGUCAAAUUCUCGGAUAGGAUCUACUUCUGCAAAUAUUACAAGCUCCUCCACUCCACUUUCUGGUGAUAAUAAUACAUCUCAUUCUGAAGAACUUGCAAUGUGGGAGUGCUCAAUGUGCACUCUGUUAAAUAAAACAUUAGCUCCAUUAUGUGAGUUGUGUGGCACACAACAGCCGAAAGAUUUUGCCACCAAAUACAGUACUUGGUCUUGUAAAUUCUGUACGCUGGAAAACAGUGUGAAGUUGGACAAAUGCUCAGCUUGUGAUCAGUGGAGAUACUCUCUUGGUGCACCAGUGUCAUCCCGUGCACCUAACGUCGGCACUUGAGUACAGUAGUUUAUAAGUAUAUGAAUGCUUAUAAGUUGUAACACUGGUGUUUGUGCAACUUAAUGGCAAAAUUAUUUCAUUUAUUGCUUUAUGGCAGUGGCUUAAGCAAAUGAAGAUGCCAAUGCUUGAUUUCUUUAACUUGAAGCUACGUGGAAAAUAGCAGUUCCAUUUUGAUCUUUUUCACUUGAUAGAUAUGACAAUUUCGAUAUAGUAUGUUGGCAUGGAGAUGUGUAUAGCUGAACUGCUGAAUUAGUAAGCAUUGUUGGCACUGCUCUGAGUUAUGCCUGAUUUGCAGAAUUUGGAUGCUGACUUUUGUGCAAGCAAAUUAAGAGCUUUUCACUGAA